UUAUUGGGUGGAACUUUUAAGUUGUCGACAAACUUGCUGUGUAAUAUUCGCUAAGCGGAUCAAGAUGAUAAACAGUAAUCUUUUUUCUCAAAGCAGUUAAGUGUAUUUCGUUAGAACAUAGUCUACCUCUAUAGGAAUUGAUACGAAUCAAAAUGCCGGUAAAAUCACCUCAUGGAAUUUUAGAUAUCCCAGAAGUACCUUUGAGUGAUUUCUUUUUGUCCCGUAUAAAAGAAUACGGUGAUGAAACUGCAAUGAUUGACAACACCGUCGAAGGCAAACAACUUACUUUCAGACAGCUGUAUAAGCAAAUACAAUCGUGUGGCAGAUUCAUUCAGAAGCAAGGGAUACAUAAGGGAGAUGUCGUUGGUCUAAUAGUUCCCAAUUGCUUGGAAUACGUAAUAGCAAUGAUGGGAGUGAUAUCUUGUGGAGCAGUCAUAUCACCAUGUAAUCCUUCGUAUAAAGAAGGAGAAAUGCAACACAUCUUCAAAAUCACGGAACCGAAGAUACUUAUUGUAUCUGACAAAACUAUCGAUGUCGUGAAAAGAGUUGUUGAAAAAUCCAAAAGCAUUCGAAAAAUCAUUGUCAUCGGGAAAAGUGAUGAAUUUGAAACGUGGGAUGAGGGUAUUGCCGCAAAUGAAAAAGAGCAAGCAUUGGUCCUUAAUUUUGAAAUAUCAGCAAAAGACGAUUUGGCCAUCUUACCAUAUUCAAGCGGAACUACUGGAAUGCCGAAAUGUGUAAUGCAUACACAUUACAGUAUGAUUGCAACGUUAUUAACUUGCUGGUAUAAUAAUGAUUACAAAAAAGGAGAAACGUUUUACAAUGAAAGACCAAUGUUUCAUGCCGGCGGGUAUUUGUUUGUUUUGAUGUCUCUGCAGGGAGGGUUAAGAGUUGUUAUGGAUCGUGAAUUUGAUGUUGAGAGGACCUUGGCUGCGAUACAAAAUUACCAGGUGAAUCAUUUCAUUAUGGUGCCCCCAAUCAUGUUGGAAAUGUCUCAAACAGAUUUAAACAAGAAGUAUGAUACAUCAUCAUGGAAAACUUCGUUGACCGGUGGUGCGUCAAUUCCAACUUCGAUAAUGAAAGCCGUUUCCGAACGAUUCAACAUUAAUAUGUUUCCAGGUUACGGAAUGACAGAAUUUACCCCCAUGUCAAUAAACGACAAUGUCCAAUCGUUUGCGGAUUCCGACGGUUCAAUCUGCAGCAACGUUGAGAUGAUGAUAGUUGAUUCAAACACCGGAAUGGAAUUGAAAUCUGGCGAAGAUGGUGAAAUUUUAGUCAAAGGCCCCCAGAUGACUAAGGGAUAUUACAGAAAUAGAGAAGCUACAGAACAAACAAUAAAUAAAAACGGAUUUCUUCACACCGGUGAUAUAGGGCAUAUUCAAAACAAUAUGGUCUACGUAGUUGGUCGUCUCAAGGAAGUUAUAAAGUAUAAAACGUUUCAGGUGACACCUGCUGAAAUUGAAAAUAUUCUUUUGAGACAUCCUGGCGUUAGUGAUGCUGGAGUGGUUGGAAUUCCUGAUCAACUUUGUGGAGAAUUACCAAAAGCUUUGGUUGUACGAAAACUUUCAUCCGUCAACUCUGAUGAACUUCUUGAGCUUAUUAAAAGAGAACUUGUCGACUACAAACAGUUAAGAGGGGGCAUCCAAUUUGUUGACAAAAUACCAAAAUCAAAGAUGGGGAAAAUUGAUCGCACAGAGUUAAAAAAAAAUGGCUACAAUGAAUUGACUACAAAUUGCGAAGGAAUACAAAUUGUAGCCGAAAUAUUAUAAUGAAAAUAUGAUUAAAUGUACCUUUUCGUCCGGUAGUGUUAAAACAAAUCUACAAUAGCAUUAAAAGCAAAUAUUGCAUUCACCCAUAUGGUGCUAUGCAUUGGUCAAUAGCAAAAUUCUCUUUUUCUGAUUCUCUGAUACGAACCAAUGCAAU